AUGUGUGAUAAAGACUGUAGUGAGACUCAUCCCCAAUACUCAUUCCAAUAUGGUGUCAACGACCACCAUACCGGAGACGUCAAAUCACAACAUGAAGUUCGUGACGGAGAGGCAGAAAAAGGUCAAUAUUCUUUGGUUGAACCUGAUGGUUCCGUACGCACAGUUAAGUCUGUAGCCAACGACAGAGAUGGUUUUCAAACAGCAGUUGUUUCCAAAACUGGACCUACUGUACAUUCCCUUGGACAUCACGGACAUCAUUGAUGCAACUAUACCCACGAGAGGCGAUUUUCACUUGAGGUUAUAUUUGAAAUC